AUGCGAUGGAUGCGUGGGACCAUUCAUGUGAACGUUUGCUUAUACCAUAUAGAACCCAUCUUGAAGCGCCCAGUUAAGUCGAAGGCCAAGCAGAAGUCAAAAUUAAAUCUUUCCUUUGGAUCUGGCGAGACGUCAAUGACAGACGACGGCGAGCAAGAAAGCGAAGUUAUUAUUCCAAAACGACAUGGCCUCGGUCGCCAGGCUAUGGAGCGAAAUGCCGUACAGCGAAACUUAACACCGUCCAACGCUUCCGAGACACUCUCUGCUCGAGUCGGACAUGAUCAGGGCCGACCCAGCUAUAGCAAUGAUUAUCUCAAGGAGCUUCGAGACUCGACUCCCUCGACCCCAAAGGCCAGCACAGAUGACGAAAAAGAUCGGGCAAUCGAUAUUGCAGCAAAGUUCGGAGAGGUGAUGACAGUCUCUAGCUCCUCUGCAAUCCCCAGCGAAGCCGAGAUCCGUGAGAAGAAAGCUCGCCGAGCUCGAUUGGCAUUGGAGCACGGCGCAAAGGAGGAAGAUUUUAUCUCGUUGGAUAACCACAUGGCUGACCAAGAUGACGAUUGGGAUGCUGUUGUCCGUAGUGAGAAGGAACAACUAUCGGAUACCCGACUGGUUCGGGACGACGAGGAUUUUGCUGAGGGUUUCGAUGAAUAUGUCGAAGAUGGGAAGAUAUCCCUCGGGAGAAAGGCAGAACGGGACCAGAAACGCAAGGACCGUGAUGCAAUGCGAGAGCUCAUCAAUGACGCCGAAGGUGUUUCUGACGAUGAAGACUCUGACCUUGAGGAGAAAGCUGCGUAUGAGGCCGCUCAAACCAGAGCUGCUAUGGGCCACGGCAAACCUUCUGGCCUCGCUCGACCAGGCACUCCCCCUAAGGUGACGUCACUUCCCAAGCUCUCGAACAGUUUAGAGAGACUUCGUUUAUCUCUGGCGUCAAUGGAAACAGCCAAGACGCAGAUGAUCAGUAGGAUGGAGGAGCUGCGCAAGGAAAAGGCGGACAUCGCUGUUCGCGAGGUGGAGAUCCAGGGAAUGAUCAAAGAGGCCGGUGACAACUACGAGCGGCUCAAGAUGGAAGCCGGCGUCGAUCCUUCUUCGGAUGCAAAUGCAUCGGCAGGAGCUUUGGAACAGUCCCGCGGUCUGGAAAGCAUCGGUGCUCCCAUCGCAAAUUCCGAUUCCAGUUCUGGAGAGACCGAGGUAUGA